CCUUCCCCAGUGGCAAUGCAUUAUGGGCCAGUGGUUGAAGGAGGGACCCAGUACGCGCAGGCAGCAGUUCCCAGGGAGGCUUUCCUAGAAACCUCGGGGGCUCGGGCUGCCUUAUCCCGGCCAGGGCGGGCAGGCUUGGGAAGGGAAGGGUUCCAGAGGAUAGAUAUUCCGGAGCCGUGCCUUGCGAGGCUGCCUGUUUGCCCGGCGGCAGGCCUGGAGCGCCAGUCAGCAGCUGAUAAGAUCCCAUCAAAUGUUUACGCUCCAAUGGCGUCCCGGGCUCCAGCCAGCUCCGCCCCGCAGAGGGACUCCAGGAGGAUUCCAAACGGGGGCGAUGCCACCCAAGGGAAGUGGGGCCGAGCCUGGGAGGUGGACUGCUUCUCCCUGGCCAGCGUCGUCUUCCUGCUGGCCUUCGCCCCCCUCAUCGUGUACUACUUCGUCAUGUGCUGCGACCAGUUCGGCUGCUCCCUCGUGGCGCCCGUGCUGGACGUCCUGGGCGGCAGGGCGAGCCUCCUGGACAUCUGGGCCCGCACGCCGGGGGUCACGGCCCGGGCGGCCCUCAUCUACGGCGCCUGGGUCGCCUUUCAGGUGCUUUUAUACACGACGAUUCCCGACUUCUGCCACAAGUUCCUGCCCGGCUACGUGGGAGGCGUUCAAGAAGGGGCGGUCACCCCCGCAGGCGUCGUCAACAAGUACCAGAUCAACGGUCUGCAGGCCUGGCUCAUCACCCACCUGCUGUGGCUCGCCAACGCCCACCACCUGCACUGGUUCUCUCCCACCGUCAUCUUCGACAACUGGAUCCCGCUGCUGUGGUGCGCCAACAUCCUGGGCUACGCCGUGUCCACGUUCGUCAUGAUCAAAGGCUACCUGUUCCCCACCAACGCCAAGGACUGCAAGUUCACAGGCAACUUCUUCUACAACUACAUGAUGGGGGUGGAGUUCAACCCGCGCAUAGGGAAGUGGUUCGACUUCAAACUCUUCUUCAACGGCCGCCCCGGGAUCGUCGCCUGGACGCUCAUCAACCUGUCCUUUGCAGCCAAGCAGCGGGAGCUCUACGGUGCCGUGACCAAUUCCAUGGUCUUGGUCAACGUCCUGCAGGCUCUCUACGUGGUGGACUUCUUCUGGAACGAGACCUGGUACCUGAAGACCAUCGACAUCUGCCACGACCACUUUGGCUGGUACCUGGGCUGGGGCGACUGCGUCUGGCUGCCUUACCUGUACACCCUGCAGGGCCUGUACCUGGUCUACCAUCCGGUGCAGCUGUCGGCGCCGCACGCCCUGGGGGUCCUGCUGCUGGGCCUGGGGGGCUACUACGUGUUCCGGGAGGCCAACCGCCAGAAGGACACGUUCCGCAAGACGGACGGGAACUGCCUGGUGUGGGGCCGGAAGCCGCGCUACAUCGAGUGCUCGUACGUGUCGGCAGACGGACGGCGGCACCGCAGCAAGCUGCUGGUGUCGGGCUUCUGGGGCCUGGCGCGCCACUUCAACUACACGGGUGACCUGAUGGGCAGCCUGGCCUACUGCCUGGCCUGCGGUGGCACCCACCUCCUGCCCUACUUCUAUGUGGUCUACAUGGCUGUGCUGCUCAUCCAUCGCUGCCUGCGCGACGAGGACCGCUGCUCCCGCAAGUACGGCCGCGACUGGGAGCGCUACACGGCCGCCGUGCCCAAGCGCCUGCUGCCCGGCCUCUUCUGAGAGCCCUCAGUGCGGCCUGGCCCCCGCAGCCGGGCUCCUCGGUCACCUUUAAGAACUGGAUGGGCGCAGAGGAGGCCGGGACCAGGGAAGCCAGCGGGAAGACGCUCCCCUGUUUGGGGGGGCCUGUGGCCUCCUGGGGGACCCCUCAGGCAGUGGCCACCUUCUCGGCCUCGUCUUCCAUCACAGGCCUCGGGCAAUCCAAUUUCUUUCCCCAUGAAUCGGAGGAAGCCCUUUUUCUCCUCUUUGCUGAGGUCUUCAUCCAGGCAACCGUCGGUGACUGACUUGCAUUUGCACCCACCUGCGUGCCAGGUGUACAGGAAGGGCGGACAAUCGCCCUGACGCUCGAGGAUCCCUGUCCAGUGGGGAGACAGUGUGCUCAGUCAUCGGAGGGAGACCAGGAGAGGCUUCCUGUAGGAGGAGCCUCUCAGCCACAAUUGGGGGCCCUUGGGGCUGUCGGGUUCAGGAAUCCUGGUGAUGCCUGGGGUGGCGGGGGAAGGGUCAGCGUCUUGGGUAGACCUGGACAGGGGAGGAUGGGCUGGAGUUGGGGGGGGGGGGAUGGAGGAAGGGACCUCACUAGCAGCCCCUGCCCUGACCCAGAGCAAGGGCCCGGUUGGAGGAGAGGCUGGUGCAAAGGCUAGUGCAGAUGGCAUCUGUGAGAAAUGUCUCAAGGCUGAGCCAGGGGCUGAUCUGGAGGCUUCUAGGCUGGGGGAAGGGAUGGCCCCCAGGACAGUGGGGUCGGGCUUGGGGGAUGGAGAGCUGGGACUCGAGAUGGGAGGUCCUGGGUUCUAAUUCGUACUCUUAAGAAGGUAAAGGGCUAAGAAAAGGCUGAGACACAGCUGAGCUCUCCAUCUAGCCUGGGAAGGGAGAGAGAGGUCAGGGCUGGACAGAGAAUGGCCUGACUGAGGGCCUUGAUCUGGCAGAAAGCUUGGCCUUGAGGCCGCAAUGACGCUAGUGCGAGUUUUGCCUUUGGCAUAGACCAGCCAGAAACGAAGCACUGAUGGUACUUCUCAGUGCCUCCAUGAAGGGAGCUGAGCUCCUCUCAUUGGUGAAACUACAGGUCUGGACCCUCCCAGCUCCCCCAAAAGUGCUCCGGACCCAGCGCCCUCAAGGCCAUCAGAGAUGCUGCUGGCUUCAUGCCCGUCUGGAGCCAUGUGGCCCCAAGCUGGUUGCUAGGAGGUCCUCCUGGUGGCAGCAAGCAGAUCCUGGGGCUUGGGGUGAUCCUCCCUUGCUGGGGUUCCUUGCCAUCUCAGGGCCCUAGCACCCUGCUCACACAGUGCCUUUGGGGACAGCGGGCAUCUAAUGAAUGCUCACUGGCCCAGCAUGGAGCCUCGCCCCCCUCUCUGCUGCUAGACUCGGGAUUCCCCCCCCCCCAGGUGCUGCCCCUCCCUUCGAGGGCCAUGGCCUGGCACAGAUUCCAAGUUUUGCUGCCCACCUGCUGGGGGGCUUCUUUAAAGCCAUCCCAAUCUCUACCCUGAAGCCUCGGCCCUCGUCAUCCUGGAUGCCCCCAGGGUGCUUUGCCAAUCACAGGGUGCUGACUAGCACUGAACACAGUGGGGUCCUCUCUGGGGCCCCUCCAGCCUCUCCUCACCUGUGGGAUUUCUAAACCCAAAGGAGGCCCCUCAUUCUUAGGGGGGUCUUCCUGCUCCAGCCAGCCCAAGGCCUAUCUCUAGGCUUCAGGAUCCAUCCUCAGCUGGGAGCGCUGGGCAGGGACAUGUAUCUUGGCUCAGAGCCUUCACCCUCGGCACUGACAAUAAAUAUUUGUUAAAGAAUCGAUUCUGGUGCCUGCUUCCAUGUCAGGCUCUGGCCUGCCCUUCUGUGGGGUAAGUCAGCCUCCCACAGGGGAUGGGUUCUUGGAGGUGGGACGGUGUUGGCGAAAUGAUGGAUGGGAUACAGCUUUUGCAUUCAACCCACAGCACAGAUUUCACAGGAUAAACUGCUCUGCCUUGGCUGAGGCCUGACUUUAUUUUAUACCCUCAUGAUCACACAUCUACUUGGCACACAGUUUCUUCUCAUCACACGUUUCCAUGGAACCUAACAACAGACAGUGAGCCUAGAGAGAUAGUCAAUGAAACAUUGUUGCUAAGUCUAGGAUCAGAGGGUAGAAUCAACAUGACCCAGAUAUAGGUUAGGGAAUUCAAAGCACAGAUUUGCCAGAAGUUUUUAUGCCUAGGAAAGAGGGUCCUAUCUAAGUGGGUAUAUAAGAAUCCUUAGGUUUAGUUUUGUAAGUGGGCUCUCCUGGUAGUAUCCUAGGGGAACAGUGGGACAUCUGUAUUAACUCUGAAAGCAUGUUGCUCUCAUCUAUUUUUCCUGGGGCUAAGUAAGAAUAAUGAUCAUGGCAAUUCUAAUAAUAAGGGAAUGUUAAUGAAAGUCACUUAGAGGGAUUUCAGUGGGUGUUUCCAUCCUUCCUGGGGGCUGCUUUGUAGUCCCUGGUUUCCAUGUGUGACAGCGUGUUCUUUGAUGGCUCCCGGUGUCUCCCCCUUUUCCGUUUUUUAUUGGAGUGACUUCAAUUCAUCUUGGACUUGAUAUAGGGUAGAACCUAGUUAUGAAUGCUAACUGUUAUGCAGUCAAUCAAUCUAAUAUGUAUGUGACAUUCUACAAUUUGGAUAUUAUCAAAUCGCCUAAACAACACUCUUGCGACAUUACUACAACAAAGAAUUCCGUGAUCAUUUACUAGGUUUCUACAACACUGUGAUAGACAUGAUUAAUGUGAAUAAAGCCAUUUGUAGGUUAGCACCCCUUGACCUGCUGAGAGGAUCGCUGUGCUUUUGGUCAGCUUUCACUAUCAAUCACAACAACAAAACAUAUUUGUAUCUAGGUUAAAGCAGGCCAGUUUGGGGUUUUUCCUCAGUUUACAAGUUCUUUUUUUCUUGUGUUACUUUAAAGCACCUGGCAGUGUUGCUUGGUUUCUGUCCAUAAACAGAAUUCAGUGGAGUGUGUCUUGAAGGUGGUUGAUGUUCUUGGCUUGCCUGGCUUGUAAUGGGAGUGAAUGUAGCUCUGUGAACAAGGAAAGGAGGGGGGCAAUGGGUAGUGAUCUUUGGGUUUUAAUUCUGUAACUGCAAGCUUUUGGGGAAAUAACCUAGGGGGGCUUAAAGUAGGGUAUAUGUUUAUUGAACCUACAAGUAUUUGCUCUCAUAUUAUUUCUCCUAUAUUGGGGAGAGAAUAAUAACCAUAACAAGUCCAUUAGUGGGGGAAAUUUGGGAAGAGAAGUCACGGAGGGGGAUCAUGAGGGGGGCUCAUUCUGGGGUCUGCUUUGCAGACCUCCUUUCCUCAGACCGUGACCUUGUCAGCCAGUCAGGGUCUUCCUUUUUGUUUUUUAAAGUAAACGACUUCAUCUCGAUUUUGACUUGACGUAUGGUGGAUUCUAGGCAUCCAAUGACAAUUGGAAAGCAAACAAGAAUGAGAAAAAAUAAGACGAGAGCAAAUCCACAGGCAAUAAGGGUGUGAAUGAGACUAUUAUGGGACCCAUAGGCAGAAACCUUGUCAUAAAAUGAAUUUGCAAUAGAUGAGGCCGAAUAAAGGGAAGUCCUGGAAUGGCCAGUAUCCAUCACUUGCGUAUGCAGUGUUCUCAGGUCCAUGGAGAAUUCUGAGUGGCUCCACAUUCCAAAGAUGUGCUGUUGUAUGUUCUCCCAUUAUGAGGAAGGGGAGAAAGCAAUCCGUUUGGCCUCCGCACGGCGCUUCGAUUUCCAUCUCUCCUUUAUAUUCUGUAACUGGCUGCCAAUAGAAAUGAUGGCUUCUUCCAAGACAUUGAAAGGAGCCUGAGCCUCGCCUCGUCUCUGUGUUCGUGGGUUAGGAGGCCAAGGGAAACAUUCUUUUUUUUUUUUAAAUAUAUUUUAUUUGAUCAUUUCCAAGCAUUAUUCGUUAAAGACAUAGAUCAUUUUCUUUUCCUCCCCCCCCCCACCCCCCAUAGCCGACGCGUAAGUCCACUGGGCAUUAGAUGUUUUCUUGAUUUGAACCAAGGGAAACAUUCUUAGGAAGCUUGUCUACACGUGCGCAGCGUGGACUGCUGGGCCAGGCGCAGUAACGGAUACAGCCCGGGAUGCGAUCGCUGAAAUAAGAGCAGCUGUGCCCAGAAUUAGGGCGGAAUGAAGCGUUUAGGACCGCUUAGACGGUUCGACGAGCCCGGGACCAUCAUGCCACUCCGUUGCCCAGUUCACAGGGAGCAUAAUGAAGGGGGGUUAACAACGAAUAGGGUUGCAGAAAUAGCUGGAUCAAUACAGUUGGCCAAAAUACGUCCUGAACAAGAAAUCUUACACGUUGUGGGAGAUUCACGUGGCCAUCGUGAGGAGGAGAAACUGCUGAUUGUUUGAAGAAGCAAAGCAUGGGGAGAUCUGACACAGGCGCAGCCACAUCUGAAGUCUUCCUUGUUGUUGGGACGGAACGAAACAGGACGAAGCAAGGCAAUCGAUCUCCACAAAGUGCCUGGGCAUUGCUUCCAAGGCAGAAGAGCAGUAAGCGCUGGGCAAUGGGGGUUCAAUGACUUGCCCAGGGUCACGUUCAGCUGGGAAGUGACUGAGACUUGAACCCAGGACCUCCUGCCUCUCAGCCUGUCUCCUGCUUGGCCCCAGAGCGAAGCCCUGGGAAUGAUAAAUUUGGUCUUGAUGACAGGAAAGCUUCCCAAUGACCAGGGCUUGGGGAGUGGAACGGUGCCUUCGCUGGAGAGGGAGGUCUGUCCCAGGCAGGCCUCAGAGGUCCCUUCUGUGUCUGGGAUCCUCCUGUGCUGAGGAGGCUCACUGCUCACCUCGGUCUGUUGUGGUAUCCCCUGGGCCACUGAAACAGGAAUUCCUGAGGCAAUCAGUUGGGCCAGGUCAGCCGACAGGAAUUUAUUAAGCUCCCCCCUCCCCCCCCCCCCCCCGGUGGUGUGCCCAGAACUGUGCUAAGGGCUGAGGAUGUUCCCCCCAAAUGUGAGAAGAAAACCACUCCAUGAAACACCUUAGAGAAGCGGCUUUCAAGUAGCCUCGGUGAAGGGUUUGUGGGGGCCAUUUGGACACAUGGGAUGACCUGGGUGACCCAGGCAGCAGCUCCCGGUGGGGGGGUCAGCUUCAACCCCCAAACAGUGCCGGGGCUGGCUCAGGCUCGGGCAUUCCAGUACAGGUGGGCACCCAUGGAGACACCCUUCCCUUGGCCGACAAUGGCCACUGCCAAUAAGCCAUUAGAUGGCUGCUUCGAGCCAGGGGGCCAAAUGGACAUUCCUCAAACCCAAGGAACGUCCCUUUCAUAGGCCCAGCACAGGGUGGCCCAAUGCAUAUAGCCUGGGCUCAGAGGCCCCCAAGCAGAAUUCAAAUCCUUCCUCGGCCACCCAAGAUGGAGAACCCUGGGCCAUCACUUUGGUCCUCAGUUUCCUUAUCUGUAAAAUUGGGAUGAUGAUAAUAAGAGCAUUUAGAGGAUGUUUUAAGAUUGAUCCUCCUUAGCUCCAUUUUAUAGAUGAGAAAAUCGAGGGGGAAUGAGGAAGAGAUUUUCUCAGUCGCACAACGAAGACACCAUUUGAGGAAGGAUUUGAACUCCCUGACUUGUUCCCUGCAGACCCUUAGCUGCCUCCCUCCAAAGGCUCCAUCUCUAAGAGGAGCCUCCUAAUCCCAGCCUCCACCGCCUCUGCCUUAGGAGCUAUUUAAGUCCGCCCAUUCCUAGGGGGAUUCCGGGUAAAACAAGGCACUUCAUCUGUGGCCAGCUCUGAGCAGCCCCCCACAAUGGCUUGUGUCGCUCUCUGGCGUCCUGGAACAGGAAGGAGCAGGUUCUCCUGCCUCAGGAGAAACCCCUGCGCAGAGCUCCUGGGCCUCUGAGGAGCCUCUAGGACAGAAGCUGGAGAAGGGCCUCGCCCUGCUGUGCCUAGGCUCGUGCCCUUCCUCAUGGCCCCUGAGCAGAGCUCCGGACCCCUCUGAUGACCCAGGUUGGGGCACUGUGUGUAGAGUGACUGGUGUGGGCUCCGUAGCUCCUCCCCUCCAGCCAGUGCCUGGAGGCCAAAGAGCCAAGGCGAGCCAGAGGAGGAGGGGAAACCCUGGGAAAGUGGGAAGGCCAGUGGGCCGUUGGAGGUGCUCCCUAAAAGAAGGGGCGUCCCCUCAUCCUCACUGACACUCAUAGAGCUCCUCCUAUGUACCAGCGCUUUACAAUGAACUCCUCUGUGCUCACAAUCACCCUAGAAGGGAGCUGCUGUUAUUAUCCCCAUUUUACAGUUGAGGAAACUGAGGCAAACAGGUGAAGUGCCUUUGCCAAGUGGCUGAGGUCACACUUGAACUCCGGUCUUCCUGACUCUAGGCUCCUCUUCCGCAGGGGCCCCCUAAGCUGCUUCUCAGAAGGGGAGGCCCUAGUCACCCUGCCCUGUGGAGGAGCCCUUCCUCACCUGUUGUCUCAGUUACCGUAGUCCUCUGGACCACCAGAACUGCUUCCCUCUACAAAUCAGUCUGGACCAGAACCUCUGACUGGGUCCCCCCCCCCUCCUGCAAUAAGCUCCUAUGGAUCCCCAUUACCCCCAUCGCAGCUCUUCUCUGACCCUUCCAGCCUUCUGCACAGUCCCGCUGCCAGCGCCGGCCUCGAACCCCAGACUCCUUCCCACUCUCUCCUACCCCCCCCCCCACAGCUUUCCCUGCCUCCUUCUCUUGGGUGGCAGCCCGAGGGGGCAGGCCCCUGUCCAUCCUUCCCUGGGUAGACCUCAUGGGAGCCUCGUGGAACCAGAGCCGGGGGGCUCGUGACCUUCCGAGCCCCGCUGGCUUGUUGGUCCCCAGAGGAUUCCUCUUCGUCGUUCUUAAAGCCUCCCGUGUGACCUCGAAUCCAUACCAAGCACUGCUUCGAGACAGAAGGGUGGGAAGGGAAUGGGGGUCAAGUGACUGGUCCAGGGUCACCCAGCUGGGAAGGGUCUGAGUCGGAUUGGAACCCAGGCCUGACUCUCCAGCCACCGGGCCACCCCCUCUCCCAGCUGGACCUCACAAAGCCAGCAGCAGCUUGGGAACAAAGCUUGCAUUGUGAUCUCAGGGCGGCAUCACUGGGCGGCACCGGGGCGCCCCAGGCCAGAGUCCCGGCCUCCUCCCAGCCCCCAGGGGUUAAAGGUUGGGGGAUUCCCGCCCUCCCGGCCCAGGCCUGCCGUCCAUCCCGAGAGGCUGCACGCGAUGGGCAAACUGCUCUCCCAGCAUCACAGGAACCCGGAGGCUGCCAGCUCGGGGAGUCGCUGCUGCUUGAUGCAAGAGCUCGGCUCUGAGGCGGACCUCUGCUCCGAGCCCGGCACGGCCCCGAGCGCCGCCGCGGCUCCCACAGGCGCCAGCUCCGACAGCUGGCACCAGGCCUUGGACUACCUGGACGACUUCGACUCCUCGGGGCAGGACUGCAGUUCCACCAAGCUGCUCUGCGCCUCGGAGAAUCUGAAGCACGAGCUCGGGCUUCCUCAGCAGCACCCUGGGGACGGCCCCACCUACCCGAGACUCCCAAAGAUAUGGAGGAGAAACUGAGCCCACGACCCCCGCAGGGCCGAGUCGCCGUCUGAGCACCUUCCUGGGCUCCACGGGGAGAAGCGCCUGGGAAGCGGCUGGCCCUGGACAAAGCAGCAGGCAGGCGGGAAGGGAAUGGUGGGAGCCUUUUUCUGAGGCAGAAAUUAAAAACUUUCUGAUUUAGAGGAA